CAUCUCGUUGGGCCGAAACGCAGUUUGCGACCUUUUCCGGCGUUAUUCAGGCAAACGUUUGAGAUUAUCCGGCGAGUUAUUACCCCCUUAGUGUAGAUUUUCGACCAUGGACGUCAUUUCACGGCCACCAUCUUCACUUAACCCUAAUGCUCCUCUCUUUGUUCCUUGGGCUUUUAGGUUAGUUGAGGAUUUCUCCGAUGAGUGGUGGGCCUUAGUGCAAUCUUCGCCUUGGUUUAGAGAUUAUUGGCUUAGAGAGAGACAAGAUGAUUUUAUAGCAGAAGAUGAUUUUAUGGCACAAGAUAAUUUCAGUGCGUGUGAGGAAGAGCUUGAUCUUUUGCCUGAAAUUGACUCUGUGUUUGAUGGCCACAAAGGAGUUGAAGAAGGGAAGGGGAUGAAAAAUGAAGGGAUGAAGGAGCUGGCAACAAUGGCUUCAUUGAAGUAUGAAAGAUCCCAAAAUACGGGUGAAUCCAAACGAAAGAUUACCGAAAAAGCGCCGAAAAUAGUGAACAUGAAACUGAGCCCUCGACCCAUUCAACAGCCCAGAUAAAUGAAGCAAAGAGAAGCUUCAACAUUGUAGGAAUGCAGAAGAGAAACCUUGUGUCUUGCUUUCCCUUUUUUAAUCCUCUGCUGUUGAUGUAUGGAUUAGGAUUAGGAUUAGGACUGUACUGUACAUUUGUAAGCAACUGUGGAUAUAUGAAACUGAUGUUCAUGUCGAAAGCCUGCUA